AUAGUGUCACUUUACGAUAUUGUGAACUCAUAUUUAGAAAAUAAAAACAUGGAAUUUUUAUUUUAGUACAUUCUCUAUGUUAUAUUCCUAUUUAGAGUGAUUUCGUUAUAAUCUUUAAUUGAAAUUAUUAAGUUGAUAUUUUCCGUCCUUAUAUAUAUACGGAGUAUAAAGAUCCGGCCGGCUAGAAGCGGAGAACAGUUCGCAAGAAAUUAAAUAUGGCGAUGGUGGGGUCCACGUACGUGUUCAGGGACACGUGGGAGAUGGAGAAGAGGCAGGUGUUCUUGAGGAGCUACCAUUUCUGCAGGAGGAGGGGCGUGGCAGAGAAGGUGAAAGGGAGUCUCUUCAGGGUCAAAAGAGUCAUUUGGGUCCGUCUCAGGUCGGCCGCGAGUUUCAGGAGGAGCGUUUGGGCGAGGCUCAGAGAUGGCCUCUCCUGUUGUCGCCCAAGAAGAAGAAGAAGAAGAAGGGGGUGUUUGUUUUUCUGCCAGAAGACCUUCUGGCGUCUUUUGUAUGCGCCGCGCAGACGCGCGCAGACGAUAGACUCUGCAGAUUGUUUGUUUUUUGGAAGACAUUUCACUCAAAAAGGUCUUCCUGGCAUCUUCUUGGAGAAGACAUUAACCAAUGUCUUCUAACAUCUUCUCCUUUUUUUCUACUUCUCUUCACCACCACAACCGUCCACCGCCACCGUCCACCACUACCACCGUCCACCAUCACCGUCACCGUCCAUCACCAUCGUCGUCCACCGCCACCAUCUACCGCCACCGUCCACCACCACCUCCGUCAACGUCCACCACCACCCUCCACCACCACCACAAUCGUCCAUACACCACCACCAUACACUACCACCAUUAAUUUAUAUAGCAGUCUACAGACAUUAAAAAAACAAACAGUCUUCUUCUUGCAGACCGCAGACCUUCGGUCCACCACUUCUCUUGCAGAUGUCUACAGUAGUGGUCCGCAGACCGCAGACCUUUUCCUGCAGAAAAAACAAACACCCCCGAAGACUUCUCCUCCCCCAUUCUUUAUUGUAAUUCCAAUAUUGCCCAUUCAUUAUUGGUAACUCUUUAUUCUGAAAUUCUUGUCUCAGAAUAUUGUAAUUCCAAUAUUGCCCAUUCAAAAAUUAUCUUCUUCUUCACUGAUCAUAUGAUUAAAUUUUGCAUUUGGGU